AUGCGCGGUGAUUCUUGCCUCCCAAAGAUCGAAAAGAGCAACUUCGCCAGCGGAGAGUCCAAUACGAUGUACUCUGAGAAAUUGUCAAUCAGAAAUUGUCUGAUAACAAUCAGAAAUUGUCUGAUUGUUUCACAGACUGGGCCAAAACGAUCUCUGCGACCCGGAUUCUCCAUUGCUGCUUGCCUUGAUUUGGUGCAAAACGUUUUCGGAAUCGUUCAAGCUUGGCCCAACGACUUGAUGGACCGUACCUCAAUGAUCCAAGUUACCACAGACUUCAAUGCUGGCUGGGUUGCUGCUCGAAACGAGGCAAACGUUGCUCAAUUGGAUGCUCUUCGUGGUCAGGCUGACAAUAUCGAUUCCAUGGCCAAGAAAUGCUUCGGCAGAUCUACCGCUCAAAACAAAUAG